AUGGCAAGUCUGCAAUUGAACGCGUCUAACUGUCAAGGAAGAGCAAUCCUGACGGACCGCUACAUCAACCGUGGCACCGCCUUCACAAUGGAGGAACGCCAGAAGCUGCACAUCCUUGGUCGUCUGCCGCCUGUCGUCGAGACGCUGGAGGAGCAGGUCGCCCGCGUGUACGGGCAGGUGAAGAAGUACGAAAAGCCGAUCAACCGUUACCAACAUCUUGUCUCCGUGCACUCGACGAACACGACCUUGUACUACGCCACCAUCCUUGCCCACCUGGAGGAGAUGCUUCCCAUCAUCUACACCCCGACAGUCGGCGAGGCGUGCAUGGAAUACAGCCACCUCUUUUUCCGUGAGCGCGGCGUAUACUUCAAUCGCCUGUACAAGGGUCAGUUCCGGAACAUCAUGCGUGACGCGGGAUACCAGAAGGUGGAAGUGGUCGUCAUUACAGAUGGCUCCCGCAUUCUUGGCCUGGGCGAUCUUGGCUCAAACGGAAUUGGUAUCAGCAUUGGCAAGUGCUCUCUGUAUGUUGCGGGUGCGGGCAUUGACCCCCGGCUAAUCGUUCCCGUCAUACUGGACGUUGGCACGAACAACGAAAGGUACCUGCAGGAUAAGGAUUACCUUGGCAUGCGUGAGAAACGCCUCGGCGACGAAGAGUUUUAUGAACUACUUGACGAGUUUAUGGAGGCGGCCUCUGCGGAGUGGCCCAACGCGGUCAUUCAAUUUGAGGACUUCAGCAACAACCACUGCUUUGACAUAAUGGAACGCUACCAGAAAAAGUACCGCUGCUUCAACGACGACAUUCAGGGAACGGGUGCGGUGAUUGCCGCCGGCUUCCUCAACGCGAUAAAGCUCUCGGGCGUUUCCCCGCUGCAGCAGCGCAUUGUUGUUUUCGGCGCAGGCUCUGCCGCUGUCGGUGUUGCAAAUAACAUUGCGGCGCUCGCUGCACGCAUGUACAAAUUCCCCGUGCAGGACCUUGUCAAGACGUUCUAUCUCGUCGAUACUAAGGGCCUUGUGACGACGACCCGCGGCGACCAGCUUGCGGCGCACAAAAAGUUGCUCGCCCGUACCGACGUCUCCGCGGAGGACUCAGCGAAGCUGCGCACGCUCGAGGAAAUUGUGCGCUUUGUGAAGCCGACGACGCUCCUUGGCCUUGGCGGCGUGGGCCCCGCCUUCACGGAGGAGAUUGUGAAGAUGGUGAUGCAGAACACCGAACGCCCCAUCAUCUUCCCGCUGUCGAACCCGACAAGCAAGGCGGAAGUGACGCCGGAGAACGCCUACAAGUGGACAAACGGCGCGGCGAUCGUAGCGUCCGGUAGUCCAUUUCCGCCGACGACUAUCGGUGGCAAAACAUUCAAGCCGUCGCAGGGCAACAACCUGUACGUCUUUCCCGGCGUUGGUCUUGGAUGUGCGCUGGCACAACCGACGCACAUCCCGGAAGAACUCCUCCUCACGGCGUCCGAGUCCCUGAACCUCCUCACAACGGAGGGAGACUUGCGGGAGGGUCGGCUGUACCCGCCGCUGGAAGACAUCCAUAACAUCUCCGCAAACGUCGCCACCGACGUGAUUCUGGAGGCACAACGCAUGAAGAUUGACAACAAUAAGAAGCUGCCACGCACCCGCGACGAACUCCUUGCCUUUGUGAAGAAGGCGAUGUGGAAGCCGGUGUACUCGGGAGAGGUCGGCGAGCAGGUUUUAUGA